AUGGCCGCGCUCUGCGACUCCCGGAAGGAUAUUUCCCGAACGGCGUACGCGGACCACUUCCCGUCUGCCACAUUGUGGGAACACCACUUCAGGUGUUCUGUUUUUGCGCACAUGCAUGGAAGCGGGGAUCCGAAUGAAGAUCCGGCCCGGGAAGGUGAACCGCAAGCGAUGCUGGCGACAGAGCUUGCCGAGAUUGAGGCAAGUUUGGGAAUAUUCGACGGCACGCCUCUCGCUGAUUCACAGAACGAAGACCAGGCCAAAGAUGGUCGUGACCCGCGCGUGUCUGAUGAAGACUGGGCUGAGCUCGAAGAAGCGAAACUAGCGGACGCAGAAAAGAUGGAGCGCAUCCGCAGAGAGAUGGGUAAACAGGCCUUGCAAGCGGAGAUUCGCAAAGCGCAAGCUGUCCAAGAGAGGAUUCGUCGCAUUUGUCCCUGCCCCGCGGGUUUCAAUUGGUACAAAACACUCCGGCUGGCGUUGUGGGGGUGGCACUCAUUUUGUCAACGAUCAGGAGUUGCAGGCAAUGUUCACGGCGUAGGAUCUCUUUAUUCCCGUGUGUAG